GUCACCGCCACCGCACCUCUGGCGCCCAUACCUGAGAGGUUUCCAAUGAAACAUCAAAUGAGCCAGCGUUCAGGAAUGCCUUUUUAUAUUACCUACACCUGGAUUAGAAUCUGAAGUCUAGCCCUGUUCUCUAAUGGUCUUGUUUCACCAUGGCAACCAAUAUGGAGGUGCUGGCUCAGCAGGUGGCUGAGGAAAUGCACCGUGGUAACAUAGUGUGAUGGUUGUAUCUUGCCACUGGAGAGAUCGCUCCAUCUCAAGAGUGUAUGAAGUUCUGUGAUUUCUUCCUGGCCUGGUGCCGACUGUUCAGACUUCGCUAUCUGAAUCUCCAGUGAUGACCAGCCCUUCCCAGCGUAUUCAGAUAAUUUCCACAGACUCCUCUGUAGCUUCACCACAACGCAUUCAGAUUGUGACAGAUCAGCAAACAGGUCAGAAAAUUCAAAUAGUGACAGCAGUGGAUUCAGCUGUGUCUCCAAAGCAACAGUUCAUUUUAGCUAGUCCAGAUGGAACUGGUGCAGGAAAGGUGAUCUUGGCAGCACCUGAGACAUCUAAUGCCAAGCAGCUUAUCUUUACCACCACAGACAACAUUGUGCCAGGCAGAAUUCAGAUAGUGACAGACUCUGCUUCAGUGGAACGUCUGCUAGGAAAACCUGAUGUUCAGCGGCCCCAGGUAGUAGAAUAUUGUGUAGUCUGUGGUGAUAAAGCAUCAGGUCGUCAUUAUGGUGCUGUCAGUUGUGAGGGAUGCAAAGGUUUCUUUAAAAGGAGCGUAAGGAAGAAUUUGACCUACAGUUGUCGUAGCAACCAGGACUGUAUCAUCAAUAAACACCAUCGGAAUCGAUGCCAGUUUUGUAGGCUUAAGAAAUGUCUAGAGAUGGGCAUGAAAAUGGAAUCAGUUCAAAGUGAAAGAAAGCCUUUUGAUGUGCAGCGUGAAAAACCAGCCAACUGUGCAGCUUCUACUGAAAAAAUCUAUAUAAGAAAAGAUCUUCGAAGCCCUCUAAUAGCAACUCCAACAUUUGUGGCAGAUAAAGAUGGGACACGGUCAGCUGGUCUUCUAGAUCCGGGAAUGCUUGUGAAUAUUCAGCAGCCUUUGAUCAGGGAUGAUGGUACAGUCCUCCUAGCUGCUGAUUCCAAGGCUGAAACAAGCCAGGGUGCCUUAGGAACAUUAGCAAAUGUUGUAACAUCUCUUGCUAAUCUCAGUGAGUCGCUAAAUAAUGGAGAUACUUCUGAAGUUCAGCAAGAAGAGCAAUCUGCAAGUGAGAUUACACGGGCGUUUGAUACUUUGGCUAAAGCACUUAAUACUACAGAUGGUACAACAGCUCAUAACUUGGCAGAUGGGAUGGAUCCUACAGGAGGAGGGAAUAUUCAUAUAAUCAGUAGAGAUCAGUCAACACCAAUUAUUGAAGUGGAAGGACCCCUACUUACAGAUACACAUGUCACAUUUAAGCUGACAAUGCCCAGUCCGAUGCCAGAGUAUCUUAAUGUACACUACAUCUGUGAGUCAGCAUCACGACUCCUUUUCCUCUCUAUGCACUGGGCUAGGUCCAUACCUGCAUUUCAAGCUCUUGGGCAGGACUGCAAUACGAGCCUUGUGCGUGCCUGUUGGAACGAGCUGUUUACUUUAGGCCUGGCGCAGUGUGCACAGGUGAUGAGUCUGUCUACCAUCCUAGGAGCGAUUGUCAACCACCUCCAGAACAGCAUACAAGAAGAUAAACUUUCUGGAGAAAGAAUAAAGCAAGUCAUGGAACACAUCUGGAAACUUCAAGAGUUCUGUAACAGCAUGGCCAAGCUUGAUAUUGAUGGAUAUGAAUAUGCAUACCUUAAAGCUAUAGUCCUUUUUAGCCCUGAUCACCCUGGUCUGACCAGUUCAACCCAAAUAGAAAAAUUCCAGGAGAAGGCACAGAUGGAAUUGCAGGACUAUGUACAAAAAACCUAUCCUGAAGAUACUUAUAGGCUAGCCCGGAUCUUAGUUCGCCUGCCUGCACUUAGGCUGAUGAGCUCUAGCAUCACCGAGGAACUGUUUUUCACGGGUCUCAUUGGAAAUGUUCCCAUUGAUAGCAUAAUCCCCUACAUUCUCAAAAUGGAAACAGCAGAAUAUAAUGGUCAAAUAACUGGCACAUCUGCAUAAAAGGAAUAACAUAAUUUGAGGGAUGGAAUUAAAUUUCACAAAAAACAUAAUUACAAAGUUAAAAGGGUAGUGUUUUGGUAUGGGCAGAUAAUUCCAACUUGUUAUCAGUUUCCUGACCCGAUUUCUGCUUGUCUUUUUCUGAUGCUGACAAAAUUUAAAGCAGCUAUUUAAAGACCUGCUAUAGGACCUUUCCUGCCACAAGGAAUAUUUUUGAUGCCUUUCAUUUAAAAGGCCAUAGAUUACUGAACAUACUUUUCACAUGCUUUGUAUUUAGAAACUAUCAGUGGUUAAAAAGAGUUUUAUAAUAUCAGAGUAGUAAUUAAAUUACUUUAAAAGUAAAAGGAACAGUAUGUAUAUAUUUAAAAAUAUCCUUAGAAUGAAUGUCUAGCAAAUGCCAAGGUAUAAUACUAGCACUUUGUAAUCACUUCUUGUCAGAGCAACGGCAUCAACAUCCUGCUUAUGAGUAUGGAAAAUGAAAAAAAUGCAUAAGUCCUUAGUCAAAAUGCUAGUGAUUUUUAUAAAAAUGUAGAAUGCUAAAGGAGACAAUCAUUUAAUCUACAAAAAGUCACUUGCUGUUACGUUAUGCAUGAAAUAUUAGUGUGGAUUCUUAAAUCAGAUAUCCACAUUAUCUGAAACUAUAUAUGUUAAAUUAGUGCAGUUGUUAUAUACAGUACAAUGCAGUCAUAGUGACUAUUGUGUGCUACAGAAAUUCCCCACACUAGAGAAAAAAAAAAUAUUUAUCACAAUAAUGAUUAAAUAUGCAGAUUCCUUAAAGUGUCUAUUCAAACACAAUCAUGACAAAUGUUAUUCUAAGAAGAAGCUUUUUGACUUUGGGGAAGAUCAGUCAUUAACUGGAAGAGCAGUAAUUUUCAAAUAGAGCCAUGUGAUGCUCUUUGAGUUUGCUCUUUGUAUGCUCCAAAUUUAGUCCUCCUCCCUGGACUCUGAACACCCUUGUGAUGUAGCCACAGGGUACAAUUUAAGACCUGAAAUGUAGAGAACCUCUGGUUGUCAGCAAGAGUUUAUUAUAAAGCUCUCUCACUUUGUUUCUUCUUCCCUCUCUCCCCGUCCCUGAGCACUCCCAGUUUUGCAGUGUUCUCAACUUUCCUGUCGCUCAGUUUGAAACCAAAAUAUAGUUGGGAUUUACUGUCACUCAUGUACAAUUACAGUUGGUACUGAUACACCAUGGAGAUGUAAAAUGAACUACUUUUUAAUUGUCUUGAGUGAUGAGCCAUCAACAUAUUUGCUAGUAGCAUUGGCCACUAGUUGCUAGCAUAGGUUUCAUUUUAGUACAAUUUAUUAUUAUGGUUGUUCCGUAUUUUAAAAUCAAAGAUUUUUUAAAAGUCAUAGCAGUUAAUACCUUCAUCUGAUCCUGGCUCAUUAGAUGCAUUAAUUAUUUUAAUUAAUGCAAUGUUAGAGGCAUUCUUACUUCUGUAGUUUUAUGUGACAAAACUUAUCUAAUGAUAAGUUCGGCACUUUGAUUUUUCUUCUGUUAUUGAUAUUUAUUUAGAAACAUCAAUUAGGUUGGUGUUUAUGACUUUCUAGAGUCUGAAUUGUAGCCAAAAGACCUUAAGUAACUUUAGAUGAGGCUUCUAAAGUAACAGAAAGAUCUUUUAUACUUCAUGCUUGUUAGGUGGCUGACGUAGUACUUACUGUAACACAAAAGACUAUUUCAUUUUAGCUUCUGACUGCAUUAAGGUCUUCUACAGUUACUAUUUUUAGCACAUUCAGAAUCUUCUUUUCUCAGAAGGGUAUUACAGAGUCCAGUAUGCCUGCAGAGAUUUGUAAUACUGGACUUGUAUCUCUCUCAGCUUUUGCUAUAGCAAAUGAAAUUGUCAUGUUGUCCAUGCGAUGGAAAGUCUGCUUUCUACACGUGACGUCAGCUGGACUUUGGCUUCCAGUACCAACCAUUUGAUUGUAGUGUAACUGCUGUGGGAUUGUGCCACCACUUUGCUGCACAGUCCUUAUGCUAAGGGUAUAAAACUUAAAAAUUAAUGGUGAUAUUAACAUUGGAAACAGUAGCUAUCUUGGAAAGAGUAGUGGCUGCUUUUAUUAAAAUUUAAAAUUUUACUGGGUUAUGUCAUUGUUCUACAAGCAGAAUGCAUUGAACUAUUGUGAUUUUUUUUAUUGUCAAAAGGAUUUUGGAACUUAAUUUGCUUUCAGUAUUUCAUAAAAAUCAUUUAAACAGAUAAGAAAGCAUUUUAAUGGUAAAUGAAAUAUUCCUUAGCACAAAAACUAGCCAUUGAAAUAUUUGCUUUUAAAUCUCAAUACACACCAUCUAGCUUUUUCUUGACAACCAUUAUUUCAACUUCCAAUUUUUCAUGUAAAAGGACCCCAUUUUCUGUGUGAAAACUUGUUUGUAAUUUUUAUUACUUGUGAUCAUAACAAUUCAGAAAAGAAGAUAAAGGCAUUAUAGUUUUUUGGGAACAAAGGGAUCACAUGAAAUAAAAUGUAAAAUGCAUGCCUUGCAUUACAUACAUAAAACAAUAAAUAUCAUGCAGCUCUGUUUACAAAUAAACUACGCUCCCCACAAAUGUAAGACCACAUAAUGAUAUCCUUGCUCAAACCCUGGUAUUUACUUACUUGCAAAUAGUUAUUAAAUAGCUUAUUAGGGAUAAAAUAUUAAUUUGUGUAAAUUGAGUAACAACCAUGCAAUCCAUAGUUGUGCAUGCGUUUAAUAGAUGAAAUGAAGCAGUUCCAUCUUUAAGAUUUGGAUACUACCACCUAGAAGCUAUAAAGUCCCUCUCUGUGUAGCAUCAUUAACAUGAUUUGCUGGCUUGUAGAGGUUAGAGCCAAGCUACUUAGUUCUGAUGCCAUUAACAAAAAGUACUCUUUCUAACUAUACACUGUUUUGAAUCCAAGACUAACAUUUUGGAUUGUAGAAAUUUGAAAAUAUGUGGAUACCUGGGAAAUUUCCUCCCCAGGGAAUGGGCUUUGUGCCUCCCUUCUUUAAACUUCACAAGGUUCCUGUUGGCCCAUUUUUCCAGCCUGGCACAAUCCUUCUCAGUGGCAGUAGGACCCUGUGAUGCACACAGCGCAGCUGCACAAUCAGGCAAGCUUUGCAAUGUCUCUGCAGAAAAUAGUGCAACACUGACAUAGUUCUUAGAAUUUCUGGGAUUUGUUCAUCCUUCCUGCAGUGACUGGAAGAUGGUAACAGGCUAAUCUUAGUAGCUUUACUGUUAAAUUAGUUUAGUUUCUUUUCUCCUUUGAAAGUGCAAACUUUUCCUUAUGAAUAUGGGACAUAAAAAUUUUUUUAUUAUUGUAACAAUUAUUGAAGAACUAUUUCUUGAGUAUUAAACAUUGAAAUAGCUUUUUUUCGUAAAGAUGAAAUUUAAAUGCUAAACUUGUUUUCACAGAACUUGGAGUCAAAGUAUCACAGUCACAAAGUGAUUCUAAGAAAAGUUCAUCUCACUGAAGCUCUACUGAGUGCCAAAAUUUAUUCUCUUCAGAAUUUUUGAGGUUCUACUUCUGCUGCUCUUGAAAUGAAAAUAUUUUAACUUGGCAGAAAUACAUUAAUAAAUUAUCUGAUUAGAUUUAUCUGAACCUGAGCAAAUGCAUAUACUAGUCACAAUUCAUUCAGACAAAUGUUAGAAUUCUGUGCUGAGACUGGGGCAUGAUAAUGAGGCAAUACAGGAAAUGAUAAUGAGGCAGUAAUGUCCACUGUGCUUCAUUUGUUUUCCAACUCUUUUGCAAAGGAACUGGAUUUGAAUCUUGUAGAUUAAAAGCAUUUGGGACUAGCUUUGUCAUAAUGAUUUUAAUUGCAUUUGUGACCAAUGUAGAAAGGUAUACUCUUCCCUUUACCUAUAUUGGACUAUAGAGUCAGAACUAAGACCAUGUACAAAAGUGAUCUCUCUCUGCCUAUUUACAUUGCUUAUAAAUUAGCUGCAAUGCUUUUGGUGUCUGUGGAGUUACUCUGGCAUGAAACUGGUAGAAGAGGAAAAAAUUGUCUCCAAGGAGAGGUCCUUCUAAGAAGUCAUACAAGGCUUUUUUUUAGCUGCCUUAAAAUGUUGCAUUAUUAAGAAGGCUUAGUUUUCAGAGCACUCUGGGGAAAGAAACUAUUAGUUGAUUAGUUGGUGUCCUUUGCCAAGUCUCCUUUCACCAUCUUCUGAAGUUCCUGGACCGCCAGACAGCUGCAAUGCCUCUGGUGAGGAGCUCUGGCUGCAGGUCUGUGUGCAGAAUCCAGAGGCUCUGCAUUGCCAUUACAGUUCCUUUGGAAAAGGGCACAUUCUGAGGCUGCCAUAGGGAAACCAAGUCAGAGCUGAAGCUCCCAGGUGAAAUCGGUUUUCUGACUCUUGUUUCUCCUUUGGCAGAGACUGUAAAACACUUGUGGUUUUUUUUUUUAUUGUUCUGUAUAGUACACAGGAUUCUUGGAUUCCUGAAUUAUUUCAUUCAGGAUACUGCAGAUGUCAGUAGAUUUUCCUGCCCAUUGAAGUUCAGACAGUUGUUAGGAUUCUUUCCUGAUUACCUGCUGUUUAAUUAGUAAAAGGCAAUUAAAAAAAAAAAAAAAUAUAGCAUCCAAUUGGCAUGACUAGCAAAGGGUUUCAGGAAUACAGUUUAACCAGGAAGACAGAACUGGAAAUGAGUGGGCUGAGGGUACUGCCCAAGCAGUGACAAAGCAGCUUCCUGUACUAACAGCAGCAGUCAGGUUUGAAUCAGGAGUGAGCAGAACUGGCAAGUCAGUCAGACACAUAGGUGUACCAGGACAUACCUACUGGAUUAUGCCAUCCUGAAAAGAACAAAAAUGUUGAUUUUCUGUUUGAGAUCCCUCUCUUCCUCUCCAGUUACUCUUAAUAGUGCAAAACCAGAAGAGGUUGGGGUUUUUCUUUCACCUACUCUUGUCCAUAAGAGGAAAAGAAGAAAUGCCAGCAAACACAGGCAGGUUCCUACCUGUUUGCCACACUGGCCAGAGCUUUUGCAGUAGUGGCUCUGGUGCUAAGCGUGACCAGCUGUGACAGCAGCACACAGCAGCUGCAGUCCUAACACCUCCAAACAUCCAGGAGGGUCAGCCAAAUGAGGACAUGGUCACCCUAGAGUGAGAGGCAGAGGAAGGACAAAUUGCCAGCAUCUGCUGGAUCUUGAAUGACAGGAAACUAGUUUAGAAACAACAUUAUAUGAAAAAUUACCAAGAGGGGAUGGCAAAAGAGAGACAAUGAAAAUAUUUACUUUUUGCACUUUUUAAUUCUAAAGUUCCUGAGUCUUUUUAAAAGUAAAUACUCCUGAAUUAAGUUCAGGCUUAUUGUUUGAUGCCAUUAACCCUUCUUGUUAGUUAAUGUUACAACCCUACUUCAGCUGCAAUCAGUAUUAACAACAUAUGGGAAAUUGUGCAAAAGAGAAAUCAAAACAUUAUUUAUACUCAGAUUACAAGUUAACGUAAAAUCCUUUGUAAAGUUUAGAUGCUCCAAGGUUAAGCAUCUAAUGUUUAGAUUUUUUUUAUUGCGAAGUCAUACUAAGUUCAUCACAGGUAAUACUGUUGUAAUGUUCUGUAAUUCCCACAACCUGUUCUCUGAGUUAUGUGAAUGCUUUGAAAAUGGCUUAUUAUUGUUAAAUUCCUGCCUGUCUUCUUUCUUUUUAAAGGGUUUGAUAGAGUUGUACACAUCUAUUUUGUGCCUCCCGCCAUUGUGCAUUUCUGCAUGUUCAGUUCUAGAACUCACUCGAGCAGCUGAUGCAUAUGUACAUAGCUGUAUGUAAGUGCGUAUGAAUGUAUAUGUUUAUACCUCUCUGUCCAAAUAUAUUCUGUACAGUGUAUAGAAAAUGUGUAGUGUAUGUAUAUAUGUACAGAUAUGGAGCCAUUAUUCAUCCAUUCCAUGUGCUAAAGUUUUUUAUUAAUUUGCUAAUCCAGAGCUUCCUAAUUUGGUGAAUCCUCACAAAUGUCAGAGCUUUGCACCUUUUUUCUAAACCAGUCUGACUUCACUAUUUGCUGUUCAAAACUGACAAAUAUAUUCCAUGAAUUUUCUGGUUUUUA